UAUCUCUCUCUCUCUCUUUAUAAAAACCAAAACAAAAACAAAAACAAAAACAAAGACAAAGACAAAAGUAAUAAAUUCUUGUUGCGCAUUCAUAUUAUUUUACAAUUCAUCGCAAAACCCUAAUUUCUUGAUCGUCUUCGUCUUCGUCGUCGAUUCGCAGUAACGAAGUUUCGCUCUCAUCGCUCUCUGUUCCUUCGAUGGAAGGCAAAGGCUCCCAGUGUAAUGAUAGCACCGGUGAAGAUAGCGAUCACGUGAUAUGUUUGAGUUCAGAUAGCGAUAGUGUUAUACAUUUGAGUUCUGAUAAUGAAGGUGAACAUUUUUUGAGCACAAUGGAAGAGAAUGAAGGGAGAGAGGUUUGGGACUUGGAUUCUGUGCCAAAGGAUUGGGUUGGAGUUAGUGAUCAAGAAGAUAGUGCAAGUGAUUCUAAUCUUGAGUAUAGGAUGCCAAAGUGGAAUAAAAUGGGAGGCCCGAGUCACGACAGAGAGGAAUUCAGAGUGCAAGAGGAAGUGGGGUUGGUUAUAAGUAAUGGUGAAGAACUACAGGAUCUUGAGAUGGAUAUUGAUUUUCCUGUAUUGAAGAAGAUGAGAAAUGAGAAGACUAGGAAAAGGAAAAAAGAUAAAAGGACCCUGAAGUGGGAAGUUUGGGAAGAAGACCAAAACAGAUGGGUUGAAAACAAUAUGAUGAAUGAUAUUGAUCUGGAAAAUCAGAAUGAAGUGAUCACUGAAACUUGUGAUGCAUCUUCAGAUUUGGUUAUGCCUCUGCUGAGGUACCAGAAGGAAUGGUUGGCAUGGGCUUUGAAGCAAGAGGAGUCUUCCACAAGAGGGGGGAUCCUUGCUGAUGAGAUGGGGAUGGGGAAGACUAUUCAAGCAAUUGCCCUUGUCUUAGCUAAACGGGAAAUCAGACGAGCAGUUUCAGAACCCAUUGGACACUCACCUUCACCCUCUUCAUCCACUGCAUUGCCUGAAAUUAAAGGAACCCUCGUUAUUUGUCCAAUGGUUGCUGUGAGACAGUGGGAAAAUGAGGUUGAUCGGUUCACCACAAAAGGAAGCAACAUGGUACUGGUGUAUCAUGGGGCCAAAAGGGAAAAGAGUCUUCAACAAUUCUUUGAAUAUGAUUUUGUCAUAACGACAUACUCCAUUGUUGAGUCUGAAUAUAGGAAAACUGUGAUGCCACCCAAACAGAAGUGCCAGUGGUGUGGGAAAUUAUUUUCUGAAAGUAAGAUGUCUACUCACUUGAAAUUGUGUGGGCCUGACGCUGUUAGAACAGAUAAGCAGUCAAAACAACGGAGGAAGGGGGCUAAAAUUUCAGGAAAAAUGUUAAAGCUAUCUGUGUCUACUGACGGCCAAUCCAGUGAAUCUGAGGGUGACGAAAAGUGGGUUGUGUUCAAAAGGGCUAUGAAGCUGAACACUGAGGAAAAUGAUUUAGGAAUUGGCUCUUCCAAGGAUAAUUCAGCAGGUGUUGAACAAGGUGUGCUCAGAAGGAAAUCUAUUUUGCACUCUGUGAAAUGGGAUCGCAUUAUUUUGGAUGAGGCUCAUUAUAUAAAAGGUAGAAGUUGCAAUACCACAAAAGCUAUCCUUGCUUUAGAGUCUUCAUACAAAUGGGCUUUAAGUGGAACUCCUGUUCAGAAUCGUGUUGGAGAACUUUAUUCACUGGUCCGCUUCCUACAGAUAUUCCCUUACUCUUAUUACUUCUGUAAGGAUUGUGACUGCAAAUCACUUGAUUACAGAUCGUCAACUAGUUGUCCAAACUGCCCUCAUAGUUUUGGGAGGCACUUUUGCUGGUGGAACAAGUAUGUGUCUACACCAAUACAAAAACGUGGGAAUUCUGGUGAGGGUAGAAAAGCAAUGCUCUUGUUAAAGCACAAAAUUUUGAAGAGCACAAUGCUGAGACGCACUAAAAAGGGUAGGGAAGAAGAUCUUGCACUGCCUCCAAGAAUUAUUACAUUGAGAUGGGACACUCUGGAUAUCAAAGAAGAAGACUAUUAUACAUCAUUGAACAACGACAGUCAAGCGCAAUUUAAUACAUAUGUUGAGGCAGGAACUCUGAUGAAUAACUAUGCUCAUAUAUUUGUCCUCCUCACACGACUGCGGCAGGCAGUUGAUCACCCUUACCUUGUGGUAUAUUCUAGAACUGCUGCUGGAAGUGGAAGUUUGGAUGAUGCUGGUAAUGGUGAGCAAGUAUGUGGCUUAUGUCAUGACACAGUAGAAGAUCCUGUGGUCGCAUCAUGUGCGCACAUCUUCUGUAAGUCUUGUUUCAUCAAUUUCCCUGCUAGUACGGGACAAGUCUUAUGCCCUUCAUGUUCAGAACCACUUACUGUUGACUUCAGUACAAAUGUGGAUCAUGGAGUUCAGAAUUCUAAAACAACCAUUAAAGGGUUUAAACCAUCAAGUAUUCUAAACCGGAUCUGCCUUGACAAUUUCCAGACAAGUACAAAAAUUGAGGCUUUGAGAGAAGAAAUCAGAUUCAUGGUUGAAAGCGAUGGUUCUGCAAAAGGAAUCGUUUUUAGCCAAUUCACGUCAUUCUUGGAUCUGAUACACUACUCCCUCCAGAAGUCCGGCAUUACUUGUGCUCAAUUAGUGGGGUCCAUGUCCAUGAGUGCUAGAGAUGCUGCAAUUUUGAGAUUUACCAACAAUCCAGAUUGCAAAAUCUUCCUUAUGAGCUUGAAAGCUGGAGGUGUCGCCCUGAAUCUCACAGUUGCAUCACAUGUUUUCCUGAUGGAUCCCUGGUGGAAUCCAGCUGCAGAGCGACAAGCCCAAGAUAGAAUCCACCGAAUAGGACAAUAUAAACCUAUCAAGGUUGUGAGAUUUGUCAUUGAGAACACAAUUGAGGAAAGAAUUUUGGAGUUGCAGAAGAAGAAGGAACUAGUCUUUGAAGGGUUAGUUCAAAUUGUCUACGUGCAUUGGGAUACUCGCCAAAUUUUAGAACCUCCUGGGUGAAUCUGCUUACCCUUUU